GCCGCCGGAAGCAGCCGCUCGCUUCACGGCGCCGGGACCCGGGCUGGAAGGCAGGGCAUCAGCUAUGGAACAACCUGGGCAGGAUCCCACCUCAGACGACGUCAUGGACUCGUUCCUGGAAAAGUUCCAGAGCCAGCCUUACCGUGGCGGCUUUCAUGAGGACCAGUGGGAGGAGGUGGGCGGUCCUGGGGUCUCCCCACGUGUGUAGGGGCGUCGUCCGGACUCGUGAGGCACCCGGGCUCUGGGGCGCCUCCCUCAAUCCCAGAUCCCUGGCGCUGCCAGCUAAUAGCUGGUUUCUAGAAUUUGAAAAGGUCCCCCUAUUUAUGACGAGAGCGCCAUCAGAAAUUGAUCCCAGGGAGAAUCCUGACUUGGCUUGUCUCCAGUCAAUUAUUUUUGAUGAGGAGCGUUCUCCAGAAGAACAGGCCAAGACCUAUAAAGAUGAGGGCAAUGAUUACUUUAAAGAAAAAGACUACAAGAAAGCUGUAAUUUCAUACACUGAAGGCUUAAAGAAGAAAUGUGCAGAUCCUGAUUUGAAUGCUGUCCUUUAUACCAACCGGGCAGCAGCACAGUACUAUCUGGGCAAUUUUCGUUCUGCUCUCAAUGAUGUGACAGCUGCCAGAAAGCUAAAACCCUUCCACCUCAAAGCAAUAAUAAGAGGUGCCUUAUGCCAUCUGGAACUGAAACACUUUGCCGAGGCCGUGAACUGGUGUGAUGAGGGACUGCAAAUAGAUGCCAAAGAGAAGAAGCUUCUGGAAAUGAGGGCUAAAGCAGACAAGCUGAAGCGAAUUGAACAGAGGGAUGUGAGGAAAGCCAACCUGAAAGAAAAGAAGGAGAGGAAUCAGAAUGAGGCUUUACUCCAGGCCAUCAAGGCUAGGAAUAUCAGGCUCUCAGAAGCUGCCUGUGAGGAUGAAGAUUCAGCCUCAGAAGGUCUAGGUGAGCUUUUCCUGGAUGGACUCAGCACUGAGAACCCCCAUGGAGCCAGGCUGAGUCUAGAUGACCAGGGCAGGCUGAGCUGGCCUGUGCUCUUUCUGUACCCAGAGUAUGCCCAGUCGGACUUCAUCUCUGCUUUUCAUGAGGACUCCAGGUUUAUUGAUCAUCUAAUGGUGAUGUUUGGUGAAACACCCUCUUGGGACCUAGAGCAAAAAUAUUGCCCUGAUAAUUUGGAGGUCUACUUUGAGGAUGAGGACAGGGCAGAACUAUACCGGGUGCCUGCCAAGAGCACCUUGCUGCAGGUUCUACAGCACCAGAGGUACUUUGUAAAAGCCCUGACACCAGCAUUUUUGGUCUGUGUAGGAUCCUCUCCUUUUUGCAAGAAUUAUCUCCGGGGGAGAAAGGUGUACCAGAUACGAUGACUAAGCCAGGGCCCCUGGAUCUCCUCCCUCACCUUCCUCUGCUGGGAACCUAGCACACCUGAAUCAGCUGGACAUACUGCUGGAGUCCAGUGCUUUCUUUCCGUCACCCUGGGGAUAGUCCUUCCUAGCAUCGUGGUGGGGGAGGAGCCUCUGGCUUCCCUAAACGGCAGCCUCUCUGGCUGGUCUUCACUUUCCUCAGUUGAUAUAAAACUCUGGGCCUUGGCCAUGAUGUCCUUGGACUCCAUCGCUAAAGGGAACAUCUGCUGCAGUUACCACAGCAACUGACCUGAGUGGCACCCUGGUCUGUGGAGAUGGACUCAGGAUCCAGUGACAGGAUUCUGAACUUUUGUGGCGUUUGACACCUUAGAGAAGCUACCCCUCAAACUGCCCAUCUACACACAAACAAACAAUGCAUAGGAUUCCAAGGCUUUAAAGCUGAGAGACCCUGGCCUCAAGUUAUUUCAUGUGCACAGAAGGAAGCCAUGUGGGGUUGCUGCAGAUGCCUUGAGGUGAAAUGGGGGCAGGAAAGCCACAUCUUGCUCUGCAUUUAUAAAGACCGUACAAACUGAGAUCCUUGGUAUCCCUAAAAAGAUUGCCAAUUUUCUUCAUCUUUGCCAUAUGGAGGACUGUGACAGACUUGGACAGUGGCCUCUGAGUUCCUCUGCAGUUUGACAUUUAGGAUUUUGUGUCUUUUAAACUGGAAAAUCUUCUAGCAUGUUGGGUUGUUAUAGAGUAUAUUUUUGUCUGCAGCUGUUUGUUGCCCCAUUCCUAAGAGGAGUUUAUCCAUCCUGA